CAAUAUUGUUUAAUGUGAGAUGCUUUUACAAUUUUUUUGUCCAGGCUGUCAAAGAUUUUACCUAAACCCCAUGAAACAUUAAACCAACAUAUUUGGAAAUUACUUCCACCCAGCCUUCCUGACUAAAAUUGCUGUCAUAGAUGUUCCAGUAAUGAAAUGAUAGUCCCCGGAAAUAAAACAAAAUAGGUAAUUAUAAUCAAAGAUGAGGUUAUGUGUACAUGAAUGGUUUAAUGUUUGAGGUUCAUGGGUCAAAUGUGUGACUCAUCAUGAUGACGGUGUUAGGUGGAUGGAGCUACUGUGACAGACAGCUGAUUGUUUACAUUGCGCUUGGAGGUGCUGCAAGGUCAUCUACAACAUUUUUCUUUUUGAUGCAUUUUCAACUAAUUUAUGUGAUUGCACAAAGAUUAUAUAAACGGUUAGGAUUGUCCUCCUCUAGUACUUUUUAGAAGAGGUGAACACAGUAACAAGUCUGUCCAAAAAAAGUCCUGGUUCUCCACAUAAUGGUUAAAGAUCGGAUCAUUCUACUAACUCUUACAUGCUCCAUCUUUAUGUUGCUUGUUGGCUGUGAUGAUUUUCUAGAGGUCCGCUCGCUAGAAGAUAACAUGAAGGCUCAAGAAGAAAAAGAACUGAUCGAAGCUCUUCAGGAGGUUCUUGAAAAACUGAAAAACAAACAGAUUCCCAUCGCAGAGAAAAAGUUUGGUUGGGUUCCCUUGUGUGACGCAGGUGAGCAGUGUGCAGUUCGGAAAGGUGCACGUUUUGGGAAGCUGUGCAGCUGUCCAGGAGGAACCACCUGCAGUUUCGCCAUUCUCAAGUGUUUGUAAAGCAAGUGUGACACUUCAGGAUUUUACCAUAAAUGAUAUGCUAGUAAUGUUUAUUUCAUGUCACUGUUGUAACAAAUAGCCUAUCUCAUCAAAAUGAAAAGCCACAUCAAAUAAAUGCAUGCAGUUUUGUA